AAGUGCGAGAUAGAAAACGUUGAAGCUUUAGCUUAACCAUUCAUUUAUUAAUAAUUCAUAUUUCUAAGCAAAUAAUACGCAAAUGGAGAGGAAUUCAUACGAGAAUUUUACUGUGGUGAUGUUAUUAUUACUAACCAUCCUAUGUUCAACAGGUGUUGCAGCAAGAAGGAUACCAAAAGAUAAUACUCCAAAAGGAAGUCGAGUUUAUACAUUGGGAUUCGAAUUAAUAUUAAGAGGAGAAGUGGAGAUACAAAAGGAUAUUCAACCAGAUUACAAAGCUAUUCCUAAUUUGUUGUUAGGAGAAUUGUCAAGUAAACAUGAAAAAUCUGAUAAAAUUGAACCAUACAGUAAAGGAAUGGUGCUAAGAGAUAAUGAAGUCAACACCAACAACAACAACAACGAGUUACUCCACUAUGGAAACAUUUGAACCUCACUUGGCGUUGGCGUUUCGUCUUUAAGUUACUCCAAUUCUCAUUUUUUAUUUCAUAUAUUAAGUAUUUAUAUUUACAAAUAAUAUUAUAUAUUAUUUGAUUCCAUAAUUUUUAAUUUGGUAGAUUUUGAACCGGAUCUAGUAAAAUAUUUUGUAUAUUCUUCCGUAUUUGUUGAAGAGAAUUAGUAUUUUUUGAUUAAGUGUAAUUAUUAUAUAAUAAUGAGGUGAAUUAUGUUUGGAUUUAAAAA